AUGAACGAUGGAAUGAAAGAAGGCAAUAAAUUGAUUUUCAUAUACCGGAACCCCAAGAAUCCGCAUGAACUUGUGCGAGCUCUCAAUGAACAGCUCCAAAAAUUAGACGGCUCCUACAACCCAGCAGCAUCAGUUAUCUCCGAUAGCACCAAGAAAUACCAAGAUGAAUGUGCUCGAUACAUCAAACAAGUGAAAGUUGUAUUACAUGGUGAUGACGAGACCGAUCCUCAACCAGACCAAAUCAGUGUGUUGGCUCAAGAAAUAUACUCAUCCGAUUGUCUCUUACAUUUGAUUGUUGUUUUGAGGAAACUAGACUUUGAUUCUCGGAAGGACGUAUCCAUUAUAUUCCUGACAUUGUUACGACGACAAAUAGGGAGCAAGUCUCCCACUGUUGAUUAUCUUUUGCUCAAUCCAGAGAUCCUUAUAGUGUUGAUGAGAGGAGCAGAAACCAAAGAGACUGGUUUGAUUUGUGGUCAAAUUCUUAGAGAUUGUAUUAAAUAUGAACAGAUGUUGCAUUUUGUUAUUUACAAUCCAUUAUUCUGGAAAUUCUUUGAUUAUGUUCAAAUCCCCGUGUUUGAAAUCGCUACUGAUGCCUUUACCACAUUACAUGAUGUUUUAACUCUUCAUAAGAAAAUAGCCAGUGAAUUCUUGGGUGCUUAUUAUAGUGAAUUUACGAAACGGAUCAAUCAAUUGGUACAAUCAAAUAACUAUGUUACCAAACGUCAAAGUGUUAAACUUUUAUCAGAAUUAGUCCUUGAACGACGCAAUCAAACAUUUUUAAAUGCAUAUUUUGACGAUACAAAUAAUUUGAAAUUAAUUAUGAUCCUUUUGAGUGAUAAGCUGAAAAAUUUACAGAUUGAAGCAUUUCAUAUCUUCAAAUUCUUCAUUGCUAAACCAAAGAAAUGUCAAGGGAUUUUGGAUAUCUUGAUUAAAAAUAAAGAAAACUUCAUAGCCUUUUUUGAUGACUUCCAAUUGGACUCCACUAACGACCCCACAAUGAUCGAUGAAAGAGAUUACAUUCUAAAGGAAAUUAAAGGUUUACCUGAUAUAGAAAGAAUCCAAUAA